UGUUCUCUCAUUCCCCCCCUUCGCAAUUUGCACUUGGCUUAAAUCAUGGCAGGCUCGGGUGAUGAUUACGGCCAAUUGGAGAGCGAAGAGGCCAGCCACCAGCCUGUGCCCACAACCUCGAUCUAUGCACUUACACGAAGCGAGAUGACCAAGGGCAUCGCAAACCGCUUCGUACAUUCUCAAGCUUACAUAUUCCUUUACCUGGGCAUGGCAGCACUCUCUGUGACAACUGUGGUUCUCAGUCUCUCAGACGGAUGUCCAGGAUUCGCUUUCUACGUCCUGGAAGUAAUCGUUAACAUGUCUAUGAUCCUUGAGGUCGCUGUGCGAUUUGUUGCAUUUGGUCGGCAAUUUUGGCGCUCACCAUUCAACGUGCUUGACCUCAUUCUUACCUUGUUCUGCGCCAUCACGCUGCUCGUCUUAGCAUUUGCGGGUUGCGGCGCCACGAGCAAAGAAGAAGAAGUUCUUGAUACCCUUCUGCUGAUUGCACGGAAUGUACUGCAAUUUGGGCGUCUAGCCGCGGUGAUGAGACAGUCAGGUCAAUCAAUUUUCUCUCGCCCAAAACCGAUCGAUAUUUCGGCGGUUCGACGGGCGGGGUAUUCGAGCCUGGAUCUAGACCUUGAGGAUGAGGAAGAAGAAGAUGUCGAGAGCGGGCGGCCUCUAGUCGAUAACCCGGUGCUCUUUGACACUCGGGAUCACGAUCCCUGGGCAGAAUGAUGGUUUCUGUUCCCACUUUCCUGUAGCUUGCCGUUCGCGUCGGGUUUGUUCCCGCGAAGCUGAAGAUUCAAUUCGAGUUUAUGGACCUUAACUUAUAUUAACUGCUUUCUUUCCUGGAUUAGGUAGAUUUCCGUUUAAUCGAAUGCUACGUAAGUUACGGCUCUGGCCCCCAGACUUUACACAGGGAAGUAAAUGUCGGCAUGA